CAAAGUACUACCUGAUUGUUGGUUCGUUUGAACUUGAAGUUGAAGUUAGUUAGUGGUUGAAGGCUGUCACGUCCCUGUUUUGUUGCAAGGAAGGCAAGAAGCUUGCUGUCAAAAGGCGCACACCAAAAACGCUGCAGAGAAACAGUUUAUCCUUUGUAGCCCAGUGCCAGGCCUGCGGCUAUCAUGGGGAAGAAAGUUUUUCUCAGGUGGAAUGACCUCCGAGUGAGUGUUCCACCGCCUAAACCUAGCAUCAAAGAACGAUUGUUCGGCGGGGGAUCUUCGGCCGGUGAAGAGCGGCAAGGGAGACCUAUUCUGAGGAAAGUGAAUGGCGUGGCUCGUCCGGGAGAUCUUAUCGCCCUGAUGGGGUCCAGUGGUGCUGGAAAGACAACACUGUUGAACACACUGUCACGGCGUAACCUAGGUAAUUUGGACGUCAAUGGUGAAAUCUUGAUCAAUGGCAAGCCAGCGGGUAAGAAGAUUGGCUCCAUCUCCGCAUACGUGCAGCAGGAGGAUCUCUUCUUGAUUACGCUCACCGUCCGCGAGCAUCUGCGAUUCCAGGCCACGCUGAGAAUGGGCACCCAUCUGUCUCUGGAGCAGCGGUAUCAGCGUGUGGAAGAAGUAAUUGGCGAGCUUGGACUGCAGAGCUGUUCCAACUCUCAGAUCGGUAAUAACCGCACCGUGCAGGGUAUCUCGGGUGGUGAGCGCAAGCGUCUUGCCUUUGCGUCCGAGAUCCUGGAGGAUCCACCGCUGUUGUUUGCUGAUGAGCCAACCAGUGGUUUGGAUUCGUUCAAGGCCAUGUCCGUGGUACAGUCCUUGCAAGAGCUGGCAGCCAGUGGUCGCACUAUCAUCUGUACUAUUCACCAGCCGCCAUCCGAGGUCUUCUCCAUGUUCAACAGGUUGAUGUUGCUGGCAGAAGGUCGCAUGGCCUACAUUGGAUCAGUGGAUGGUGCUGUAAGCCACUUUGCCACGCUUGACUUUUCGUGUCCACCGCACUACAACCCUGCUGACUUCUUUGUACACACUCUCGCUAUAGUGCCGGGCAAGGAAGAGGAGUCUAAAGCCAAAGUCAAGAAAAUCAACGACGCCUUUGCCGAAGUCGAGGAAGACCUCCGUGACAGGGACAGAUUGGCGUAUCGGCUUCCAGCGGCCAAAGUCAGCAAGAAGACAUCGCUACAUAAUGCUUUGCUUGAUCCUGCAAGCAAUGCCCGCACCUCCAAUACCGAUGGGGACAUUGGUGGCAUCAGCACCCCGAAGGUGGUGGUAGCACCGGCCAGCGUUGAUGAGCAAGCACAGCCUACAAUGGAGCAGAUGAAAUGUUGCGAAGAUGUACGUAGCAUAUCGUCACGGCAAUACGAGGCCGAUCUUGAGGCGGCUGCGGAAGCUGAGACGCAGGCCACCAGCAAGAACAGUGACCCUGGCAAUGAGUCAGACACAGCCGUCCCCGGCGCACUGGACGCAGCAGACUUGGAGGACAAGCCGGGAACUCCCAUGGUGCGCACUGCAUCCACUGCCUCUGCACUGUCUCUCCAUGCCAGCAACACCCCUAAGGAAUCCAUCUUCGUCCAGGCCAAAGCGUUGGUAUGGCGAUCCUGGGUGACGACCGUCCGCGAGCCGCUCAUCGUCAAGGUCCGCGUGUCACAGACCCUAUUCCUGGGUAUAUUAUGUGGCCUGAUCUUCCUGCAACUGGAGAACGAUAGUAAGAGAGUCCAGAACGUUGCCGGUGCUCUGUUUUUCCUGACUGUGCAAAUGAGUUUUGGUACCAUCUUCCCUGCUGUGCAAACUAUCCCACUGGAAUUACCCGUGUUCAUUCGAGAACAUACUAACCGCAUGUAUCGCACCAGCAUCUAUGUUAUGACCAAGUCACUAGCUGCAGUGCCGUUCAAUACUGUCCUGCCGUUUGUGUUCAUAACCCUGGCUUACUGGAUGAUUGGACUCAACAGCGAUGUGGAUCGCUUUUUCUUUGCCGUCUUCAUAUCUAUUCUGACCACCUUCAGUGCAGAGUCAUAUGCCUACCUCAUAUCAGCCAUUGCUCGAGAUGAAACUGUAGCGCUUGCCUUGAUGCCGCCCCUGGUCAUUCCACUGAUGUUGUUCGGUGGCCUCUUUCUCAACUCCGACUCUACUCCGGUCUACUUUAUCUGGAUAGAAAAGAUCAGCUUCAUCAAGUAUUCCUUCCAUGCUAUGAUGAUCAAUGAAUUUCAGAAUGCUGAAACACCGCCGUGCCCUGUGAGUAAUUCGACAUCCCCUGCUCCCUGUUUCCCUGACGGCAACGCUGUGUUAAGGAACUACGGCAUGGACCCGAACGAAUUCUCUUUAAACAUUGGAGUUCUGUUCGCACUGGGCGUUGCACUGCGCCUCCUUGCCAACUUCAUUAUCGUCUGGAAGGCCAGAAAACACUAGUGGAGUGCAUUGCCAUCCCAUACCCUGGCUAUUCUGAACAGACAGGCAGCUGUACUAGUUGCAUGCCAACCUACUCUAUUGGCUCGCACAUGUCUGUGCAGGUCUGCUUCGCGUCCGGGUGCUUAGAAGUGCCGUAGCCGAGUUGUCUGUUCCUAGCCUUGGCUGAUGGUGGGUUGGCAGCGUGACUGCGACUCUCUCUCUCUCUCUCUCUCUCUCUCUCUCUCUCUCUCUCUCUCUCUCUCUCUCUCUCUCUCUCUCUCUCUCUCUCUCUCUCUCUCUCUCUCUCUCUGCCCCUAUUACUACUAUUGUUUUCUUCUUCCUACUGAUACCCCCCCCCCCCCUCACACACAAAUUGACUCUAGUUAAACCAAUGUUGCUUAGGUACCUCAACUGCAACUGCUGCUACCUUUUAAAGUAUUCAAAUAGUACUGCACUUCUUUCAAUUGUGAUAAUUUUUCUUAUUUUUUUUUGCAAUACGUAGACAAGCAGAUAUCCAUGCAAUUAGUAUACGUCUACUUGAGUAGAUGUAGGCCCAACCACACGCUUACAUGUUGGUCCACGUGGCGAUAAGAGUACUCUGGUUCAGUAGUGUGCUCAAUGUUCAUGCGAACAUACCUGCACAUGUAGCUAUAGAUCUCCGUAGUUUUCAAGUCGAACAACGAAUGGUGAUUAACGCGGCAGCAAGCAAGUUCUUCUUGUACAGGUGCAUGUAGCUAUCACAAUACGUAAUUAUUAAUUAUGUAGCUAUCAUAAUUAUUACAUAGUUAUGUAGCUAUCAUAAUUAUUACAUAGUUAUGUAGCUACCAUACUACGCACAAGUCCCAGUGUUCCCAGUGAACAUGAGUUGUCUGAUGAUUGCCUUUUAAAGAAGGCCAUGAACCCA